AAAAGCCGUAAAAAUGUAAUUAUGUAAAACGUAAACAUAAUUUAAAAAUCGGAUGUAACAAAAAAACAACAAUUAAGCGUUUGUAUGAAUAAACAUAGUACAUUCCCUAGAUUUUUUGUGCAAUGCAAAAAAAUACUGCCCCACACGGACAAAUGCCUUUUUUAUAUUAAUUUGCAUCAGCUUUCUAACACCAUUUUUUACAAUUGUCUUUUUAAGUGUAGGUUUUGCUGCUUGUGUGCGAAAUCGUCGGGUGGCUGCGCGGAGAGCAAAGCCGACAGCGGCAGGUGCGCGUUCCGCAGCUGCUCCGACGCGCUUUUAUCACCCCAGUGUCACCGCUGCACGCUCCCGUAUCAACCAGAAAAUUCAACCCGAAACAAAGUGAUAUGCAAUUAACGGAGGCCUGCAAAGUGCGUAUUAUUCCACCGCAACCCAUGAUCACAAACGAAUAUCUCAUUUUAAAAUAAGCCUAAGCGCCCCUGUGCGUUUCCAAAGCGCUACGCAGACUUCACACCAAACCGUUACUCCGCAAAAGGAGGGGUGCCCAAAAAUAAAAGAUCGCGGCGCCCUCCAGUACUCUAAACACACUUUAUUAGGCGAGUGGACAGCAUAAAUGCGAGCGAAGUUUUCUGAACAGAAGAUAGCGACAUUACAUUGCGAUCACGAUGCUGAUCUGGACCCAGCUGACUGCAAUCUUCCUAUUGACGGACUUCUUUACUGUUCAUACCGAGAAGAUAUUUCACACCAGAGACCGUUCCGAUGUUGAGCUGCACGCUCCGCACCACGCCGAGCUCAUAGUUGACACAGAUACUGCACGGCAAUUUCUGUCGAAGUAUGGCUUUCUGAAGUCACUCAGACUGGACGAAAGCCAAUCUGAAGAAGCAGACUAUAGCCCAGGUGGAGAGCGGCUUCACACGCGUAUUCAGGAAGGACGCGCUGCAUCUCGGGCGGGGAUUGAGAGCGAUGUUGGUGUCGACACCCCAGACUUCAUCUCAGGCCUCAGACAGUUCCAGGUCACGUCUGGCCUUCCAGAAACGGGCGUUUUUGAUGAUGCUACCAAAGCUGCAAUGAACAAGCCAAGGUGUGGAGUCCCAGACAGGGUAUCUCCCACUGCUUCAUCUGUGAAAGACAAUUCCUCAGGCUCAGCACCCGCUGACCCCUUAGCCAGUAAUGCUACAAUCAACGUCACAGAUAACCAAAGUGACCAGUCUCCAAAGCCGGCCAGCGCCCGAGAGAAGAGGCAUCUCCUAACCCUUCUGUCCAAGAGGAGGCCAAAACCGGAGGCCGGCAACCUCAGGCAGAUAGCCUUCUCCAAGCAGCUGCUGAAAUGGAGACUGUUUGGAGAAGGUUACAGCAGCCAGCUGUCCAUCGACGACCAGAGGUACAUCUUCAAGCUGGCCUUCCGGAUGUGGAGUGAAGUAUCUCCUCUAGAGUUCAUAGAGGACACGCUUUCACCCCUGGCUGAGAUUGACAUCAGGCUUGGGUUUGGGACUGGAAGACACUUGGGUUGUACUCAGGCUUUCGAUGGCGCUGGGCAGGAGUUCGCUCACGCGUGGUUUCUGGGCGAUAUUCACUUUGACGACGACGAACACUUCACCGCUCCCAACACCGGCUAUGGAAUCAGCCUUUUGAAGGUGGCCGUGCAUGAGAUCGGCCAUGUUCUGGGUCUGCCGCACAUCUUCCGGUCAGGCUCCAUCAUGCAGCCCAGCUACCUGCCACAGGACACCGGGUUCGAGAUCGACUGGCUGGACAGGAAAGCUAUUCAGAAGCUUUAUGGUGGGUGUAGAGGGCGCUUCAGCACAGUGUUCGACUGGAUCAGGAAAGAGCGGAGCCCGUAUGGUGAGGUCGUGGUCCGAUUCAACACCUACUUCAUGCGGGGCGGCUGGUACUGGAUGUAUGAGAACCGGAGUAAUAGAACCCGGUACGGAGACCCGGUGGCGGUACAGGUGGGAUGGCACGGUGUCCCUAGCAACGGCGUGGACGCCUAUGUGCACGUGUGGACAUGGACCACCGAUGCUGCCUACUUUUUUAAAGGUACUCAGUACUGGAGGUACGACAGUGAAAACGACCAGGCGUUUACUGAGGACUCUGAGGGCCGCAGGUACCCACGGCUCAUCUCCGAGGGCUUCCCUGGCGUACCCAGCCCCAUUGACACCGCCUUCUAUGACAGGAGGGACUUCCUAAUCUAUUUCUUCAAGGGCAUGGAUGUUUACACCUUUCACGUGGGGACACACGCCGUGGCUAGCGGCUACCCAAAGAAGAUCAAGGAGGCUUUCCCUGCCUUGGUGCCUGGUGACCACCCAGAGGGCCACUUGGAUGCAGCCUACUUCUCUUACACCCAUAAUGCCGUUUUCCUGCUGAAGGGCACACGCUUCUGGAGGGUCUUGGGCACCCGGGAACAGAGGCUCAAGCCCUCUCUCCCCCGAAAUAGCCUGCUGCCAGGCAAGGAGGUGGACCAGCAGUGGUUCGACAUCUGCGAUGUGCACAAAACUAACCUGAAGAUGGUGGGCUGACAAGAGAUACAGACAUUUUACCAUUUGUGCAACUUGUUUAAUCUUCCCUUCCCAUGAGACCAACCCUAAUUGAUUCCCUUAUUAAUCCAUUUCAUGUUUCAAUGGACCUUCAUGUUUCUAGACUAAACCUUCGCUGCUCAGUCUCAAUCAGUCCAUGUCUCGAGACUAACGCUUCAUUCCACUUUCAUAAUUUCUGUCCUUGACACAGAUGCAAUACCAACCGUUCUUUCCCACUUGUGGGAGUUUUGAUUACAAAAAAAAAUGUUCUG